UUUUUUUUUUUAUUAUUUAUUUUCAUGUAAGGAAAAAUUUGAUAAUUAUAUUUAUUUCAUAAAAUAUAAAUUCAUUCAAAUUCAAUAGUUGAUGUAUCGUGCUUGUUAGUGUUGAUAUUUUGUUUGUCUUUAUAUAUUGAAAAUAAUGUCCAAAUAAUUUGACCAAUCAUUAUAACAAAUGAAAUGAUGACAAUAUAAUAAGCAAUCGAAAGAAGAAUAUCAAUUGUAGAAAUUGAUACGAAUAAAUCCAUAGUGAUUAUAUAAACAACACGUCAAACGUUAGUUUAACGAUCAAUAAAACAUGUGUUACAUAAUUUAUUAUAUACAUAUAUACACAUAUUAUUUUAGCGCCAUGUAUACUUACUUAACCGAUCGAUUGUUUAUCUUACUUUCUAAUCCUACUAACAAAUACAUAAUAAAACAAAUUCAUUUAUUGUUGUUUUCUAACAUCAAAUGGUUAUAUAUUCGAAAUGUUCUAUAAAUUUUUGUUUUUCUUCUUUUUAUUUCUUAUUAAUAAAAGUUAUGAAUGUGAUAUAUGGAAAGCAGCUGAUUGUCCACAAGGACCAUCAAAAGAUGAUGAAAAUUUAAUGAAAUCUCAUUUAUAUACUGAAGAACAAUUACUUGCUUAUUGUGAUGCUGGUAAAACAUUUGCUGAUUGUGUCAAUGAACAUUUACUUUGUUGUGAUAUGCGUACAGAAUAUUCAGCAGCAUUAGCAUCACUUGAUAUUCAACUUAGACGUAAUGCAUUACGUAUUGGAAAAUAUUGUACAGAUUUUAAUGAAACAAAUCCAAUACAAUAUAAAUGUCGUACAACAUUAAGAACAAUACCAGGUACGAGAUAUCGUUCAACUACUACAGCACCACCUGUGUGUAAUUUGGAAAAAGCUGGAAAACAAUGUAGUCCAAUUAUUGAAAAUCGUGUUCGUUUUGAUCGUCGAUGGUCGGCACAAGAAAAGGUCAAAUGGUGUAAAGAUGCGUAUGAAUAUCAUACAUGUGCACUUUCAUAUAUAACAAAUUGUACAAUAACGUCUGUCGCUGGUGAUGUUGCUCAAUUGACUGUUUUCUUAGAUUAUAUUGAAAAAUCUGCUAAUCGUGAAUGUCCAGGUGGUUUAUUUGGUUGUGUAGAAAAAUCGAACAAUGAUUCUCGUUGUCAAGAUAAAAUUAGCUUUUUUCUUGAGAAAAAUGCACUAGCUAAUGAAACUAUAACGACACAAAUAUCAUCAUUGACAUUAUGUGUCACAGUUUUUAUAUUUUAUCAUUUCCUCAAACUAGAAACAUACGUUCUUUUUCACUGA